UCAGAGAAGUUGACUGACUAGAAGUUUCUCAAGGCCGAGGAGGUCCCGCAUCCCGCACAAGAACCGGAAGCAGCCGAAGCCCCAGUAGAGAAAGCUCCCGAGAAACCGGCCCCCGAGGUCAAGGACGACAAAGUAAUGGAAGAUGAAAGUAAGGAUAAGGUUGGACCGAUCCCGAGUGGGGAGGAAUUGGCGGAGAAAAAGGGAAAAGGUGAGAAUAUCAUUCCUUCCGAUACCCCUGGAGGUACCCCUGGCCCUAUGACGCUUGAUUAUGGAGAAAGUCUCCCUGAGCCUAUCAUAGAGGAAGUUGUAUCCCAAGUGGAGGACAAGGUAGAGGCUACUGAGGAGAAGGCUAUUGAGGAGGAUCAUCAUCAGGUUGGAGGGGAUAUGGUCACAGAGCUCAUUGAGCCCGGGACUGGGCUUGAUGAGACACCAGACCACGCGGAGUUGGCUAGUCUUCCAACGCCGGGAGAUGACAGCGGUCCAGUGGACGAGCUAGAUAUCCAUGAGGAGGAAAAUACGAGCCAAGACAAGGACUUGGAGGACAAUAGGAGCCUCAGUGAGCCCGUGAUGGCCCUUGAGAUUGAGGGAAGUACCGGCCAAGAUGUCGUCGACAUAUUGGAUGAGCCUAUCCAGGAAGUAGUUGGCGAUACUUCAGACGCAGAAAAUCAGGCACAACAGGAUGAGACCGAGCUGCCGGUGGACUCUACUCAGGACAUGCCUGGGCCAGCCACAGAUCACGACACAACUGAAGAUGUUGCUCCUGAUACGACGGAUCUAGAAGCCACAGUUGAACGCCCGGAACAACAGCAAUUGGACGAGUCACUCAACAAGCCACAUAACGAGGAGUCACAGGCCGACGAUACCCUGCCUGAAUUUGACAAGAAUGAACAGGCUGCAGCUGGUACGACUGACCUUGAACAUGACAGUGCCGUUGACAGUCCACCUGAAGUCGUACCCAUUUUUGAGCAACCUGAAAAGUUGGUCGAAGCCCCCUCCGAGCAGCCGUCUGAGCAAACGCCGGAGGAACCGGACAACGACGCGUCUGAAAUAGCUCUGGAACACCCGCAACAGCAUGAUGAUCGAACAUCGGAGGCGAUCGACGAGCAAGAGGACAAGAAACUAAGCGACUCGCCUGACUUGACCGUUGGAGAAUCAGAGCAACAUCCAGAAGAGUCGAUCGAAAGCACCCCUCAAUCUGUUGUCAACUUGAUGCAACAGCCAAAUCAAAUAGACGAUGCGUCCUCGUUUGUGGAGAAAUUGGGCGAAUUAACAGAUGCGCCAGCUGAUGUGAAUACGGAACUAGUCGUUGAACAAGCAGAGCACAAGCCCAGCGAUGACUAUGUACUUGACCCGGCCAAUGAAGUAGAAGGCCUUCUGGAACCAGACACUGAGGUGGUCGACUCGACUGCACAUGCUGUUGAGUCUGGUGACGAUCAAAUGCUCGAACAGGUGGCAGAUGAAUCAGGCCUCACCACUCAAGACGAAGAUGAAAGCGACCUUGAGCCACAGCCUGUGCUAUCGGAACCACAGCACCUCGAUACCAUUCAAGAGACCUCGGAUACAGAUACAGUCAUCCCCAAGGAUAAUCAUGAUAUCGAUGAAAGUCUCAUCGGUGAUGAGAGCUCUGCCUUUAUCGAAAUACCUGCCUCUGAAGAUGGAAACUUCGCGUUGGAUGAGACACCUGCCAUUGACGAAGUCUCUACUGUCGGUGCCCAAUUGGACUCAGCUGUCGAGACAGAUCCUCAGGUCAUUGUCUCGGAUGAUGACCUGAUCGGAGAGUCAUUCGCUAUACACGAUCAGCUUGAAGCCCAAGAGGUCAGCCCUGCCGUCAACGAGGAUGCAAGCAAUCUCAUCAAAGAUGUGAACGAUGAACCGGAAGAAGCUGUCCUAGAAGCAAUCCCCACCGUUCAAGAGGAAGUAAUCGAUCAAGAACAACAAGAUAUCGAAUCGCAAGGGUCUGUGCCAGUUGAGAUGGGCGGCAUACAAGAUAAUCUUUCGAGGGAGUUGGCCGAGCUGACACCCGAGCCUUCCGGAGACGAAAAUGUCCAAGCUGCGAGAGUCGUGUAUGAUCACGCUCUGGCCGAACCUCCGUUCCAGCCUCAGCUUGACGAAAUGGUCCAACCAGAACUAAAAGUUGCCGAAGUCUCUCAACCACGGCCGUGGUUUAUGUAUCCGAUCGAGCCACCCAUUGAUUAUUCUCAAAGAACCGAGAACUACACGAUCGAGCCAAAAUCCGAAGCAGGCGAUCAUUUAGUAGGGCAAGUCUACGAGCCCGAACAAACUCUUCCAAGCCUGCAAGAUCUGGGAGACAUUACCAAGGAGGUUGUUGACCGCCGUUUUGAGGACGAGCAUGACGAUGACCAAGCUGCUAUCAUUGCCGGCUCUGUGGCCGGUGCCGCUAGUCUCGCUGCUGGCGGCGGCAUGCUUGCCCAUAAAUAUUCUUUUGAUGAGAAGGAGACAGGAAAGUUGGGCAUGCCCGAAACUGAAGCCAGAGACGGUGAUCUGGUUGAUAUGCCAGCAACUCCCGCGUUUCCCACUGUUGCAAGGCACACGACUGCGUCAGACUUGGUAGACAGUGUCCCACAAGUUCCGCCAAAGUCCCCUACGCGCGGAGAUGCGACUUCGCGCGAUGUGCCAGUCGAGAACAAGAGACGCAGCGUUGCAAGCCAAUCGUCCAAGCUACAGGACACCCUUGACUUGAUUGGUGGCAAUGUGCCAUUGUCGGAGUGGUUCGCUGUCAAGGACAGAGAUACCGUCGGCGAGCACAGUACGCUAGCCGGCAGGCCAACAAUGGUACAUUCCAGCACGCAAACGGAGGACACUUUCAGACCAAAAACGCCCUUGGACGUCACGUCUGAGGCAAGGCCACAGACCCCCGGUAUCAUGCUGCCUGAUCUGUCUGACCCGACGGCUCGAGCCAUGAGUCGUGCAAGAAGCUUGAAAAGACAGCAAAAGAGGACGCUCAGGAGGGCAGAGGAGACAGUUGCUGCGGCUGUAAUCAUCUACGCCACAGCUAGGGAGCUCAGCCCGCCUCCUAGUCCUCGAGCGGGUAGUCCCCACGUCGAGACCAACAUCGCAGACACGUUGGACAAGGCUCUGGCAUUGGAAGGCAGUGACAUGGCACCAGGGAUGGCAGGAGAUGGUGACUGGGUGGAGAGAAACGUUACACCUGUUACUGACGAGUGGACAGACGUAGAGAAGUCUCCUGAAUCACCUCGUGAUCGGCACCACAGACACCGUCAUCACCGCCACCGUGAGCAUCGUGAACAUCGCGAGCACCGCGAGCAUCGCGAGCAUCGUGAGCACCGAGAGCACCGAGAGCACCGAGACUACCGAGAACAUCGAGAGCACCGAGAGCCAUCGUCCAGGCCGCUCGACAGUAAAUCCGGCGAUCCACCACCCCACCGCCGUCACCACCGCCGAAGCAGGGCCGAAAGCGACCUCUCGGCCAAAUCGGUUCCCUCCGAAGAAGCAGAACGCACCAGCACGCCAAAGAAAGAUUCCAUGACCAGCAGCACCCGCACUUCAUCAAGCCGCAGGGUACGCACGCCCGAAGAGCAAGCCGCACACGACAAGCGCAAGGAAGAACGCCGCGCCGCCCGCGACGCCCUGGACCGUGAGCGCGCCAAGGAGGCCGAGCACGCCCGCAAGGGGAAAGAACCCCUGACUCCCCCCAGCAGCGACCGGCGGUCGUCGAGAAGACACAGCUCCGCGCCUCAACCGCCGGAGAGACCACCGCCCGCCACACCGGAAGGCAAGCCCAAGAAAUUCUUCGAUAUGAAGAACGGCGAAAGUGUUUUGGCGACCACCUUUGCUGCCACCCGCGCAAGCACCGACACGAGCGUGCCGCGUGCCUCGAGGGAUUCGGGUAAAGGGGGUCUGGGUAAAGGGGUUCUGAAGCGGUCUAACACGGCGAGAGAGAGCACCGUGCCGACGAGGGAGGAUAGUCAUCGUCGCACGUCUAGGGAGGUUUCCCGGUCGGCGGGUGGGGGCAGUGGUGGCAACAAGCUACACGUAUCUCCCACACGGACCGGGUCGCCCGUGGAGAAGAAGGUCAGAAUGGCGGACCCGCUUGAGGAGGAGGAUACGAUAGCCAGGUCCAAGAGCACGCGGACUAGAAGUAGUAGGACGCACGGGGAUAGGGGUGAGCAUGAGGGUCGUGGUGAUUCACCUUCGGAGUCAAGGGAGGAGAGACAUCGGAGACGAGAGGAGAGGCAAAGGACGAGAGAAGCCGAGGCGGUCAAGGGCACGAAGAAGAAGGGCUCGGGGAUUAAGGCGGCUUUUAAGAAGUUGUUUACUUAGCGAGGCUAGGCGCAUUACGAUAUCUGUCUGUUUUAAGCUAUGGAUGGAAUGAGAUAGGACGGUAGGGAUUGGGAAGAUUGAAUGUAACGAGCUGAGGAUCUUGGGGAAAGAAGGAGGAAGGCACACGAGAUCAUGUCACGACUAAUAUGGGGAAACACCAUCAAUACGGAAUUAUGAUGGCGGACUUUUGGGAGACUUGGGAUAUGGGAGUUGGUUUGGGGACGAUAUCUGACCGGGAUUCAUGUUUAGGUCAUGUCAUAUUACGAUGUUAUGCUUCUACUUCAAUUCAGUCGUUUAAUUAUGUAAUUACUAGAUUUUCU